UUAGAAUUGAAAUCGGUUACAAAUUCUUAAGAAUAAUGAUUCUAAUUGUGUACUGCCAAGGGAAAAAUGUGGCUUUGUCUUCGGGUUUUCACUUAUAUAACGCACCGGAUAAAGCUCCUGAAAAAUUUUG